GUGGUUUCGUCACGCUUGACGCAGCUGUGUGUUGCGGAGCGUCGUCGGUGCUCCUCUCUCUCCGCGUCCCGCCCGGUUCGGUUCGGCUCCGGGCAGACAGCAUCCUGGAGGCGCCGGGGGAUCCGCGGCUCUCCAGCCGGCAGGGAAGCCUGGUGACCCGGGGCAGGAGCGAGGAGAUGCCGGGGGAGCCGCCGGGAACCAGCCGGGUGGUGCUGGUCAAGAAAGUCAUCAUGAAGGAUGGAGCCGCGGUCCAGCAGGGUGUCGGCAGGCCCAGUGUGUAUCACGCCGUCGUGGUUAUCUUCCUGGAGUUCUUCGCCUGGGGAUUACUGACCACGCCCAUGCUCACCGUUCUCCAUGAGACGUUCCCUCAGCACACGUUCCUGAUGAACGGUCUGAUUCAGGGCGUGAAGGGUCUGCUGUCCUUCAUGUCGGCUCCUCUGAUUGGUGCGUUGUCGGACGUGUGGGGCAGGCGACCGUUCCUAUUGGUCACCGUCUUCUUCACCUGCGCUCCGAUCCCCCUGAUGAGGCUCAGUCCCUGGUGGUACUUCGCCAUGAUCUCCAUGUCCGGAGCGUUCUCCGUCACCUUCUCCGUCAUCUUCGCCUACGUGGCCGACGUGACCGAGGAACGGGAGCGGAGCACAGCCUACGGCCUGGUGUCAGCGACCUUUGCGGCGAGCCUGGUGACCAGCCCUGCGAUCGGGGCGUACCUGUCGGCGUGGUACGGCGACAGCCUGGUGGUGCUGCUGGCCUCGCUCAUCGCGCUCGCCGACAUCUGCUUCAUCCUGCUGGCCGUCCCCGAGUCGCUGCCCGACAAGAUGAGGCUCAACACGUGGGGCGCGCCCAUCUCCUGGGAGCAGGCCGACCCCUUCGCCUCCCUGAGGAAGGUGGGUCAGGACUCGACUGUCUUGCUGAUCUGCAUCACCGUCUUCCUGUCUUACCUCCCGGAGGCGGGCCAGUACUCCAGCUUCUUCCUGUACCUGCGACAGGUCAUCAACUUCUCAUCCACGACCAUCGCCGUCUUCAUCGGCGUGGUGGGGAUCCUGUCCAUCGUGGCUCAGACCCUGCUGCUCACCGUGCUGAUGAGGACUCUGGGGAAUAAGAACACGGUCCUGCUGGGUCUGGGCUUCCAGAUCCUCCAGCUGGCCUGGUACGGCUUCGGAUCAGAGCCAUGGAUGAUGUGGGCAGCUGGUGCGGUAGCGGCCAUGUCCUCCAUCACCUUCCCAGCAGUCUCUGCUCUGGUGUCCAGAUCAGCUGAUCCUGAUAAACAAGGUCUGGUGCAGGGGAUGAUCACGGGGAUCAGAGGGCUGUGUAACGGCCUCGGCCCCGCCCUCUACGGCUUCAUCUUCUUCCUGUUCAACGUGGAGCUCAGCACCAUGGACCCCAUCCAGGGAGACUACAGCAUCGACCCCAUCCCCGCCCACAGCCCCGCCGAGCAGACGCUGGUGCCCGGCCCGCCCUUCCUGUUGGGGGCGUGCACCGUCGUGGUCGCCUUCCUCGUCGCUCUCUUCAUCCCUGAGAAACGCAGCCCGCCGCCCGUCAGCGACAAGCCCCACCCAGACGGCAAGGACUCGCUGUCCUCAUUGGCCGGAGUCCACAUCAACACGCCCCUUCCGGGAAGCGACGAGGAGGCCCCGCCCACCGCCAGCGACGAGGACUUUGAGCCGCUGCUACAGGACAGUAUUGUUUGAUUGACAGGUGGUUGGACCAGUUAUAUUAGAAGAGGAGGAGGUGCCGUCUUGUGAUCGAUAGACGGCCAAUCAAAUGCUUUCUGUGCUAAGGGGCGGGACUCACAGCGUAAUUUGACUUUCAAGGCGAGACGGCGUGACUGUUUUCAUCGACAAAAAGAAGGACCAAUCCCGUUGUUGCUUUACCAGGGGGCGGGACUUUAAUUUACCGACAAGGAGAGGAAGGCGGUGCCAUCUUACAACUGACCAAUAGCAGUGUUUCUUUAAUGAAGGGCCGGGAGCCAGAUGACAUCAUUUCAUUGGACAGUUUUUUAUGUCGCACAGUCGUCAAGAGAAACGCCGUCAUCUGAUUGGAAGGUUUUGUUUGACUGACAGGGAAAGGAUGGACCAAUGGGACGCUGCGAUUUGACUGGACGCCAUCAUGUGAUUGACAGGAGGAGGGACCAGCAGUGUGCUGUUAUUGAUAAUGGGAGGGAUCAAUAGUGUUACUUUGAUUGAGGGGGCGUGGCCAGCCUUGGGACACGCCCACAGAGCUUCUGUUUAAUCUGCAGCCUUGUCAGUGAUUGUUUUCAUAAAAUGAAGAAAUCAGUUUUUACCUUCAGCUCGUAUCGUUUCUACUCCGUAUUUAAUAUUUAAUGUUCUGUUUUUAUCCUCCUGAGAACCACGGACCCUCGUUCCUCUGCACACGGAUGCUUUCUUACAGACGGGGGCGUUCACUGUGGGCUUUGUUGUUGUUGUUGUUGUUGUUGUUUUUUUGCAAAUGUUUUUUGGGGGGGAUUUUUUAUGUAUAGUCUGUACAGAAGCUCAGCUACAGUGACGCUCACGAUGCUAACACGAUGUUUUAGAGAAGUGGAGGUUAAGACGCCGCGAGCUGAGAGUCGAGGUGGAACGUGUAAAUUGUAGUUUUGAAAGUUGUCGCUCCAGAGGGAACCGCUGAAAAAAAUAAAUUGGUGUGCAUAUCAUGAAAUUAUAAAGAAGAAAAUAAUGAAGAAACCUUUAUUAAAAGACUAGCUCUAACCAUGA